AUGAGCGACAUUUUUGGAACGAACCCAUCCAUUUCGAAUCCGACGCAAGUCCAACUUCCAUGGGAUCAAAACAGUCGGCUGUCCAACACAUCUUAUUUGGAAGACAAUCCGGACACUCUCUCCGAUGAAGGACUAUUCCUAAUCGAAGACCCUUCCGCUCAUGGUCCCGAGCCCGGCACCAACGCCGUGGUAGUCCAGCCAUACGAGAUUGAGGAGCCAGAGGAUGACCCUAGCGAAAUAACCUCGACGACGGGCGCUACCGGAAAAGGCCAACCUGAUCUGGUUGGCUCCUUGGAGGACCUUCACUGCGACUCGGACAGCACGAAUCCACGGCUUGUCCAGCGCCCGAGAAGAGGCAGAAAGAGGAAGCCAAACACCACUGUCGCAGGGCCCUCUGCCGCAUACCAACGGGAACACAUAGGCACUCUUGAUGCGCAAUACGAGGAAGGGUCACUGAGCCCGAAAAGACGACGCAGGGGAAGCAGUCUAUCACCCCCCGAACUCAGCGAGGCCGGGUCAAGCGACAGCUUUACCCCGGAAUCUCCAUUUACUGAUGGAAGCACAACGAGCGCAUCAGAUGUAUUUAAUGCCCCGGAGUUAAUGGAUCUGGAUUGA